ACAGUUAGCCUCGUUAAACUUCCUGUGUUUAUCUGACAUCAACUAAAGAAGGAACUAUAAUCACCAACUUUGCCCACAGAAUGGCAACCGGUGCUCAAAGCAAAGAGUGCUGUUUUGUGCAGGAGAAUGUGCGUUUAACUCGCCAGAAUCCUCCUGCGAAGUCUACAGUAUGGCUGUCACCGAAUAGCAACUGUAACGUUUCCUUCUCAGAAACGGUCAGUAGAUGAAGCGUUAUAGAUUUAUUCUGCAUCAAGCAGAAGCCGUUUAGACCACGUGAGAUGAAUGUGUAAUGACAGAGUCCCGACAGAGCAGCGAGCUGCCUCGCUCAGCCUGGCAUUCCAGCACACUGACAUGGAGAUAGCACGCUAGCGCAAUUUUCCAGGGAUGGACAUACGUGGGCACCUCUGCAUGUAACGCCCCGCUCCCCCCUUUUCGUUCUUUUUUUUCUUUUCCUUUAUUUUUUUUAAAAAAUAAAUCCUGGCCAUGGCUUGGCCGUGCAUUAGCAGAGUGUGCUGCUUGGCUCGCUUCUGGAACCAGUUUGAUAAAUCCGAUCUGUCGGUGCCGCUGACGAUCCAGAACUACUCCGAAAUCACGGACCAAGAGGUGCGAUCCGUCACCAAGCACGUCCCGGCGGACAGGGCUCCGAGGAACGAACAUUCGACAGCUGACCAGAGAGGAUCAUCGCCGGAGCCCGAGGUUGGGAACAGGAGAUCGUGGCGGGGGCGGAAAGAGGCGAGUUUCAAGCCCCGCGAGGAUUACCAUCCCCCCGGCGUGCCUUUUCCGAGUGUUACCCAAUACAAACAGGAUUUCAAGCCUUGGCCCAUUCCUAAAAAGGAUAAUUUCCCUUGGAUUAGCAAUGGCGGCAGGAGAGAUUCUCUCUCGGAUAGUCCCAGCAAUAAUUAUCCCAGUGCCAACCAGCAAAGGGAGGAUAACGAGGAGCAAAACAGGCAGAAGUGGGGGAAACAGCCGACACCAACGGCCAACGUAAGCUCAUACAGGCAGGAGUACCGGGCCUGGACCGGGGCACGGCCGUCCAGACCGGCCCGGAAGAGGCCCUCGUUCCUGAGCCCCGGCGGCACGGAGCUCUCCCACGAGACCAGCUACCAGGCAGCCUUCAGCGGGGACUCCUUCAGGCAGAUGGAGACGCUGCAGGUGGAGGCACCCGGCGGCCAGCGCCACGGCCUUCCCGAGAGGCCCGAGCCCGGCGCGGGGACCAAGGGAGAGGAACAGCUGGUGAAAACCAGGCUCUCCCCCAACCCUUCUGCCGUGUUUCAAAGCGGAUCCAGGAUCUUCAACAUAUGAACGACUCCUCCAGCCCUUCUGUAGAUUAUACAGGGAAAAAAAAAACAAAGGAA